AUGUUGCACGAUGGAUAUAAAUAUAGUAGUAAUGGGAAGCGCAACGGAAUUCGUUAUUACAAAUGCUCAAAAGCAUCUUUGUAUUUCUGUGAUGGGUCAAUUAAAAAGUUAGAAGAUGGCUCAAUUAUAAUUGUUAAAGAACAUAAUAACCACAAUGGCCAAGAUAAUGUUGAGUUGGUUAAUGCUUUUAGAGACGUCCUCAAGAUUAGGGCUAAAAAUGAAAACCAGCUUCUUAAAAAUAUAUAUGAUGAAGAGUGUCAACGGCAUAAUGUUGCUGCAGCAUUAUACCCUUGGAAAACUGCAGAAAGUAUAAUGCGACAUGCACGUCGAAAUUCUUUGCCUCGGACACCAACAUCGUUGAAUGAACUAGCUGCAUAUUUUGAUAAUGAACCAAUCCCCAGAUUUCUAUGCUGCACCAGUUCUAUGUUUAGAGGUAGUGUAACUGAUGCUCUUGGUAAUAGAAGUGUCAUAUUUGCUUGUCCACUUCUAAUUCGUGCAGUACAGGAAAAUAAUAUUGACGAAAUACACGCUGACGCAACAUUUAAAAUAGUGCCCAGAAAUUUAGGAACACAGCUUUUAAGCAUACAUUGUAUGAUACAAAACUAUUCUAUACCAAUCAUAUAUGUAUUGAUGGAGUCCAAAUGUCGAGACUCGUAUGAUUGUGUUCUGGCUUUUGUAAAAAAUAAUUUGAUACCUAAUUUAACACCGAGCACAAUCAUCACUGAUUAUGAACCCGCACUAAGGGAUGCUUUGGUGUCUCAAUUUCCUGGAGCCCAAGCACAUGGGUGUUGGUUUCAUCAUAACCAGGCUGUAUGGAAGAAUAUGAAGUCAAGAGGUUACCUACAACAUGUAAACACCAAUCCAUUUGCAUUGGAAUCAUUGAAAAUGCUAUUCUCUUUGCCUCUAUUACCAGCAAGAGGAAUGGAAAGAGGUUUUGCUUUAAUAAGAGCUUUUGCAGCAAACCAUGGUGUGCAUAUGGAUAACCUUUUUGAUUACUAUAACCGAUAUUGGUUACAAAGGGUAGGACCAGACAUAGUGUCUGUACAUAGACUCCCGAGAAGAACAAAUAAUAACUUAGAAAGUUUCCACAAUGCGUUGCGGUUGAAAUUUUCAGUUGCACAUCCCAAUCUGUGGAUCUUUCUUGGUCAUUUGUGCGAUUUAAGCAAAAAAUAUCACACAGUAGUUGGUCAAUUAGGAAACAAUUUACAACCAACACGAAAUUUAAGAGCCAAUUUUUUACAAAACUCAAGAAAUAUUAAACAUGCCACUGAUCAGUACAACUUGGGACUAAUCACAAUAUGGGAAUACAUAAAGAAGUGUUCUUAUUUAUCAGCUUCUUACGAGCUGAGGCAGAGAAACUGGGCUCUUGGUGUUGGUAGGGACGAACCAGAACAUGAAAUAAUAGAAAAUCAAGGCGAAGAAAUUCAGAAUAAUGAACCUGAAGAAAUAAAUAAUCAGCCACCACCCCAUGACCCAAAUCCACUUCUCUGCAUGACUUGUCUAACAAGGACUAUUGAAGAAACACCUGACAAAUUUAUAGUUCUUCCAUGUGGGCACGCCUGGAUUUGUGGAGUUUGUGUCGAACAACUGCAAACUCAAAUAGCAGCAAGUUGCCCUAUGUGUCGCUGUGAAAACGUCACUUAUCAGCGUAUUUUCAUUGUAUAA